UUCCUGCCAUUGUUGCCGUGUACAAAAGCAGCGAAGAUUCCAAAGAGACCGAGUCAAGACACCCCGCGACCGAGGCAGUCUUGAGAGAUAAGGAUGCCCUACUUCGCCGUAUACGCUCCCGACUACACGGACGAUGGCGCCUUAGAGCGUCGACUCAAAGUUCGCGAGGAGCAUCUCGCCAAUGCUCACAAGGAGCCCAGGCUCAAGGUGGGAGGUGCAAUACUCUCCCCGAACGAGGCGCUCGACACGCCGGACGCAGAGAAGAAAAUGGCCGGGUCCUUGAUGAUCUUCGAAGCAAACUCUUACGCCGAAGUCAAGGCCCUCAUCGAGAGCGACGUAUACUGGACUGGGAACGUUUGGGACAAGGAGAAGACGGUGAUCCGUCCUUGGGUCUCGCCCAAGCCGCUUUAGCUUCAGCGAGGAUAUGACCACGCUGAUGUAACAGAAAGACGAAGUGAAACAAAUGUAACAUUUAACUCGUUGCUGUACCCCCCUAUCCCCCGUUACUCAUCUCCGAGUUGUGCCGAUGGAAGCCAGUGCGAGCUAG